AUGUCUCAACCCCAAAUGUCCCCUGAAAAAGAGCAAGAAUUGGCCUCCAAGAUAUUGCAUAGAGCUGAAUUGGCUCAGAUGACGCGUCAAUUAAAGCUUGGUUUAAGUAAUGUCCCAUCAACAAAACGAAAAGAGGAUUCUAAAACAAAGAAAAGAAGCGGAGAAGACACUGAAGAUGUUGGCGAGGAUCACAAGUCUCUUUUGGAGGCCAUAUCUCCUGCGAAAAAGCCCCUCCACGAUGAUACAAAUAAAAUGACCGUUUUAUCGCCUGUAAAAUUUGUAGAGAAGCCAAAUACUCCCCCAUGUUCACGCCAACGAAUAGUUGAAGACCGGCCGCAGCAACUUAAGCCUAGAAAGGAGGAUACUCCGUCCACUCCAAGGGCUUCUGCUACACCUAUAAUCUUACCACAUGCCCCAUCACAUUACCAGCGUCCCCACGAUAAAAAUUUUAUGACGCCAAAACGUAAUAAUAACAAUAGCAGUAACCAUAGUAAUAAUAAUCAUAAUAAUAGUAACAGUAAUAUCAAUAAUAAUAAUAAUAAUAGUAUGAAGAAAAAGGCAGCAGCCUCUAAGGACGCUCCACAAGACAGCGAUAACACCGCGGGCGCUGAUCUCUUAAUGUAUUUGGCCACAAGCCCAUAUAAUAAGUCAUCCCAUCAUGGUACACCAAUGAACGUAAGGAUUCCCACUACCCCACGCUCUUAUCAUUACGCGUCACAAUUCAGUUUGAACGGUAAUACAGCAAGCACAUCAAACGAUGCAGUAAGGUUCUCUCAUAUCAAACCUUCAGCGUCUUCCCCACAGUCCACUUUCAAAUCGAAUCUUUUGCCAAAUUUUCCGGAUGAAUCUCUCAUGGAUUCUCCAUCACUAUACCUGAGUAAUAACAGCGGUAGUGUCCAGGCGACAUUAUCGCCACAGCAGAGAAGGAAGCCGACUACGAACUCUUUGCACCCACCUAGCAAUGUACCUACCACACCUUCAAGAGAGCUGAACGGUACCAAUUUCAACUUACUCAGGACGCCGAACUUCAACAUGGGAGACUAUCUGCAUAACCUUUUCAGCCCUUCACCAAGGGUUACCACCCAGCAGGGAACUUCAAACACAUCAGCAUCAAUUCCUUCCGUUCCAGCAAUAGUGCCCGCAUCAUCUUCCCACACAUCUGCAAUAACAACGGCUGCUAUAUCAAGCCACACUACAAAUAAUUUUCUAGAUAUGAACGCAGGCGGAAUCCCCCUCAUUGUAGGACCGGGUACUGAUCGUAUGGGCGAAGGAGAGUCCAUUGAUGACAAACUCACUGAUUGA